GGCUAUCCAAGUUCGAUAUCUUUGAAUAACAUAAUAAAAUAAACAACUGUAUAACUUUAAGCAUUGUAAACGAUAAAAUAAAUAUAAUAAUGAUUCAUAUUGACAAUUAAUAAUUUAAAUUCAAUAAAUAAAAUUGAAAAAAAGCUUCUCAUUUUGUUGUAAGCUGCUAGACACUUCCAACUCUGAUACAACACAGCUGUUCUACCUGUCUACUGUUGACUGUCUUCUUGUUUUCCGAUUUUUUUUACCACCGGGACCGAACAUUUUAAUUAUUAUCGUCGUUAAUUAAUUAAGAAAAUCUUUUUUCCGAGCGGGAUGACAAUUUUGAAAUAUUGAAGUUCGAUGCUGGCCGUCGAGCAUGGAAUUCGAGAGCCCGGACGUGGAAAGAGAAUUUCCAGGCCUUUACGCUUCGGAAGCAGCCAGAAAGAGCAAUGAAAGCGACUUUAGCGAUGAGAGUCACGAAAAAGUUUCAAAAAAAGACCUUCUCAUUGGGAAAAGGAAGGACAAGAAGGACAAAAAGGACAGAGGCUAUGCUACUUUAGAGGGAGAGAGUUCGCCCGAAGAAGACACCGACAUUAAAAGCCCAUCAAAAACGAAGAAGUCGAAGCCUUUCAAAUUCUCGUCGAAAAAGGAGAAAAGGGAAAAGUCCAGAGAGAAGGAAUGCAAGGAAAAGGAUCAAGAGAAAGAGAAGAAAAAAUCCGAUGAGAAAGACAGGGACAAGAAGAAAGAGGCCAAAGUGAAAUUGAAAAUAAAAGAAAAGAAGAAGGCGAAACAUGUCGAAGAGACCGUGGAGAUAAGUGGUAAUCGGAAUAUUUCCAACGAGUCUUUUUAUAAAUCCUCAUUCUUAGCAUCUUUUACAGAAGAUUUACCGAUAUUUGGCGUACCACUUUCUGUCGCCGUCGAACGCAGUAAAUGCCACGAUGGUGUCGAUAUACCCCUCAUCGUGAGAAACUGUAUCGAUCACGUCGAAGAGACAGGCUUGCUUGCAGAAAAUGUCUAUAAAGUAUCAGGUAUAAAAUCCAAGGUGCAGCAAGUGAGGCGGAUGUACAACAACCACGAGCCUGUCAAAAUAAGCGAUUUUGACCUCCCUGUCGCCACAAGCUUAGUGAAGCAGUUUUUGAGGGAACUCCCGGAGCCAGUGCUCACGACAGAGCUGGUUGGGAGGUUCGAAGAGGGCUCGGCUUGCAAUCAAGUGUCCGAGAGGGGCGACCGGUUCAAGACGCUCAUAAGUGAGCUUCCUUCUUGCAACAGGGCUUUGCUCGGCUGGCUCUUGAAACACUUUGAUCAUGUCACACAACAUGAAAAGUUCAAUAAGAUGAACGCUCAGAGUAUCUCGAUAGUGAUAAGUCCUCUGAUGCAAACAAGCCAGCGACUUCUGUCAGCACUCCUGUGCCAUGUUUCUGAACUCUUUCCUAAUCUUGUGUUAACAAAGUACGUUCCUCCGCUUACGUCGGUGAGCCCUGGACUGCCGGACAGUUCUGAAGGCUUGUCGAUCGAACUGGCAAAGCAAGAAUCACUUCUGAUGCAGCUGCAUAGGGAAAUGAACCAGGGUCUGGUUGAUAAAGCAAGGGAGGAACAAUUAUGGGGUGUACAAAGAAUAAUAACACAGCUAAAGAGAAAGUUGAGAUCUUUGGAAAGAACGAAUGGUUGCCAGAGGAGUUUGGAUGAAACAGACACAACGCCUAUAAAGCCAAGCCCCCACAAUUCACACCACUCACUGGAACGAAUAGUGGCGGACACGCCUAGUCAGAAUGUUGUCAAUAACAUCCCAGUCGUUCCGGACAAGCUUAAGGCCGAAUCUCCGCAGCCUUCUCUCAGGAGAGCCACCCUCCCCCAGCAGGAAGAAUCCAUAUGCAUCCCACACAAACAAGUACCCACAGCUGAAUCGCUCGAAGUACAAGAUAUAAACCGAGAGCUGACCGAGAAGGCGGAGAAAGUGGAAAGAAGUAUUAUCGAGACCGAAGUACUUAUGAACACAAUCAAUAAGCUUAAGAUGGACUGCAAGUUCGAACGUGAAGAAGUGAGGAGGAUUAAACAGCAGAUUCACAAUCUAGGAGGAAUUCCUGAAACUUGGGGCCCGCUUUCUGACAGCUCUGAUGAAGAAAAUGUGCCGCCCGGCAUGGAAAACGAUGUCCUUUGGAAGCGUAAAAUCGAGUUGAAACAUGAAACAAAAAUGCUUCAGGAGAAAAAGAAGAUUCUCAUAGAGAACAUAAUUGCAGAGACAGAUGCCUGCAUUGACUUAAAUGUACAAAUAAAAAUGCUACAGUUGUCGAUGGACCAUUGAGCUUUGAACUUGUCUUUCCUACUUAUAAGUGCCUUCUCGUUAAAGAGUUUCUUGAUAUGUUUCGUAUUUGACAAUUAGUGAGCCUAUGCACACUUGUACAAAUCGUUUAUUGUAGAUUAGUUGAACUUGCACUAGUAGUUCCAUUACAACUUAACUUUCAAGUUAACUGUGAAAUUUCAAAACAUUUUGUAUUAUACUGACCAAUGUAAGCUUACUUUCCAAUGUAUUAUAUAUCUAGUCUUUUUUUUCUUAAAUAAAAACCACACGCUCAA